AUGGUAAAGACAUUUGCGGAACAGGCUAGGGAAAAAGCCGCCCAGGAUGCCGCCCGGGAUGCCAAACUUGGUCAACACCUAAAAAACAUUCACAGAGAGCGAGAAGACCGACCGGUUCAUAUAAUGAAGAAAGUCAUCGAGUACAACUCGGAGCAGUUCGCGCAGCUGACUAAAAACCAACCUACGUGCGAGCUUAUGGACAUGAAUGGGAACAAGCAUCAGGAAAAAGAUCCAUCUGGGCCUCAUGACCCAUGCUAUGGGAAAUGCCGCAUUGGUUUCUUCACGCCGUUCGACUUUGCGUCUUGGCGCGCCACGGAGCCGCAUCACAAUGGAUUAUCAUCGAUCAUGUAUUCCUUUCCAAAGCUCCUGGACGCGAAUAUCAACAUGUACAUGUUGCCUCGCCCGUUUCACCCCCGCUAUGAGCCUCCCGAACAUUUGCUUAACGUCUUUAAACAAUGGGAAAACAGCUCUAUACGCAAGAGGUUUCUGGACACCUUAUCAAGCAAGUGGACGGAAGAGUACCCAGCUGGCAACAUCAACAAGAUUAUUUGCUUCGGGCUUGGCGAACUAUACACCGAAGUGAACGAGGAAGGCCCAGCUUGGCUCCUAGACGAGAGCCCUGGUCUAGACAAAUACCUUACUGUUCUUGCCUUCGAGAUAGCCUCUUUUCUAGAACACAAGCUCGGUACAAAGAUUCCAAUGAUCUUCGACGACUGGAGUUACGAUCAACAAGACAAGAGUCGCAUAGAAUCAUUUGCAACACAACUAAAUACACCGAUAAGCUUCCUGAGCAACUGCGAAGCCCUUCUUCAAGUCGACAAAAAUACCUUGGUACUGGCACCUAGCCGCGCCAGGUACAAUAUCCGCGAGCUCAUCGUGGAUAUUACCAGAGACGAGGGAGGCCCCGCUGGCUUCUUGUGCGAAACCAUUGUGCCCAUUACCUCUACGAAACACGAGGUUGCUUGGAGCAAAGGUGAGAAAGAUCCGCCUACUAAGCUUCUGGCGUCUAUGGCGAAGGACUACAAAAUGGACAAAGUAUGCGGAAUUGAUCGGUGGGGAGUGGAGCUCUACUUGAAGCGUCACGCGAUCAAAGAUCCUCCUCCAGAAGGUUGGGGAAGCUGGACGCUUGCAAAGUGUUUUAAGUAA